AUCGUCAUCACCCUGCGCCCGCUGAAGGUCAUAUGAUCCCAGAGGUGAGUCUGAUUGGUUGAGCCGAGUGAAGCAUUUUAGACCAGGAAGUAGUCAAAUAUGUGACAGUACAGUAUAGUUUAGAUGCUAAAUAAACAUGAUUUCAGGUGCGUUUUAUGCAUUAUUAGCGGGCUUUCUUGGAGCCGUCGCCUCCUCGUCAGCCAAGCUAUCUCUGGGCUCAGACUACCUCAAAGGGGUGUGUGAAACAGGGCUGAAAACCUGGUCUCAGGAUGGAGACUACAGGAUUAUUCCGGAGGAAACAUCACCCUGCGAUUGGCUCCACAUCCCUCUGCGGUUGCUGUGUGGAGGACUGCUGUUCACCAGUAAUGCUGUGAUGUGGACCUUCUUCUCCAAGGCUCUGAGACACUCCUCCUCCUCGGCCCGGGCCACGGUCACCACCACCGCAUCCAACUUUGUAUCCUCUGCAUUCCUUGGGAAGCUGAUCUUUGGCGAGAUCCACGCAGCACUGUGGUGGGUGGGCAUCUCUCUAACGCUGUCAGGUUUACUGGUGUUGCACGGAUCAACUUCUCAACCAGCAGAGGCCAAGAAGGAAGAGUGAAGGACUGUCCCACAUGUGGAAUAAGAAGUGUAAUAACAAUACCACUGUAUCAAUCGCCCCACCUGGACCGCCUCGCCGUUCCACAGACGCUUUCUGGCUCAAAUAAUCUGGAUUUCACGAGAACCAUGUUCUAUUACCACAAAGGGCUUUGAUGUUACAUCUGACUGUACAUGGAUUCUAACAUGUUACACCUGACUGGACAUGGAUUCUAACAUGUUACACCUGACUACAUGGAUUCUAACAUGUUACAUCUGACUACAUGGAUUCUAACAUGUUACAUCUGACUGUACAUGGAUUCUAACAUGUUACAUCUGACUGUACAUGGAUUCUAACAUGUUACAUCUGACUGUACAUGGAUUCUAACAUGUUACAUCUGACUGUACAUGGAUUCUAACAUGUUACACCUGACUGUACAUGGAUUCUAACAUGUUACACCUGACUGUACAUGAUUCUAACAUGUUACAUCUGACUGUACAUGGAUUCUAACAUGUUACAUCUGACUGUACAUGGAUUCUAACAUGUUACAUCUGACUGUACAUGGAUUCUAACAUGUUACAUCUGACUGUACGGAUUCUAACAUGUUACAUCUGACUACAUGGAUUCUAACAUGUUACAUCUGACUGUACGGAUUCUAACAUGGAUUCUAACAUGUUACAUCUGACUGUACAUGGAUUCUAACAUGUUACAUCUGACUGUACAUGGAUUCUAACAUGUUACAUCUGACUGUACAUGGAUUCUAACAUGUUACAUCUGACUGUACAUGGAUUCUAACAUGUUUCUACUCUGUCUUACCGUCUCUGGGUAUGAUAUGACCAAGGUCUGCACUCCACACACAAACAUGAUCAGGCUUUUCUACACUACACAUUCUUAUGCAAACAAAUCAUUUUUAAUAGUGCCGUUGAGAUGUAUAUUUUAUUGACAAUAUUGUAAUGACCUGUAAUGAGACUUAAAUGGGUAUCAAUUUAUUGAAAUUAGAGUUUUGUAAAUAAACCUUUACAUGAAAUA